AUGAAAAUUGCUUUUGAAACAUAUACUUUAUGCAGAUCAUUUACACUUAAUAUAAAACUUCGACAGUUGCAAAGUUAUAGUACGCGGCGUGAAUUAUCUCCAAAAAUUCUGACAAAUAUAAAAUACGUUAAGAACGCAAGCAUGACAAACAAAAAACAGCCAGAAUGGCACGCUCCGGUUUUUGAUAAUUCUCUACCUACUCUGAAAAUUUAUAACUCUCUUACUAGAACAAAGGUUGAUUUCAUUCCGAAGAACGGAAAACAGAUCAGCUGGUAUAAUUGUGGUCCCACUGUUUAUGAUGCAUCACAUCUUGGACAUGCUCGACUUUAUGUUACGAUCGAUUUUAUUCGCCGUAUUUUAACAGAUUAUUUUAAUUAUGACAUUUUAUUUGUCAUGAACAUAACUGAUAUUGAUGAUAAGAUUAUACUACGUGCCCGUAAAAAUUAUCUUUUCAAUAACUUUAAAUCGACAAUAAAAUCACUUACGCCAGAAUUGAUUGAACAAAUCCGUAAUGCAUUGAAUGAUUUUACUAAAUCAAAACUUGGUGUUAUGGGUGAUGGUAUUGAGAACAAUACAUCUCGAGACGAUCCAAAAUAUCUUUUAUAUGCUAAUUCAUUCAGGGAAGCCGUCAAAGCAUUGGUAGCAGCUGAAGUAGCACUCGAGGAUAACGAUACCAGUCAGGAAGCUGCUCAUCAACUUUUGAAUGAAUCUCAAGAAAUUAUUUCAGAAUGGUUGGAUAAAAAGGACGGUGCAUCUAUUACCGACCAAAAGGUUUUCCGUGAUUUGGCUGCUACUUGGGAACAAGAAUUUAUAAACGAUAUGCAAGCUUUAAACGUUCGCCCGUGCGAUAUUAUGACACGCGUCAGUGAAUAUGUUCCCGAAAUUGCCGUAUUUAUUCAAAAAAUAAUUGACAAUGGAUUUGCUUAUGAAGCUGAUGGCUCUGUAUAUUUUGAUACCGUUGCAUUCAACAAUGAAGAGGACCAUCAUUAUGCAAAGUUGGAGCCCUGGUCGGCUAACAAUGAAGGACUCAUAGAAGAAGGGGAGGGCAGUCUUGGAAGUAAAUUAUUAGGAAAACGAAACAAGGGAGAUUUUGCUUUAUGGAAAAAAAGUAAAUCUGGUGAACCAUCUUGGGAUUCGCCCUGGGGAUUCGAUGGCACAUCGAAUGUUCGUGAAAUUUUCGGUGACUAUCUUGACAUUCACUCUGGUGGUAUUGACUUGGCAUUCCCGCAUCAUGAUAAUGAAAUAGCUCAAUCUGAGGCAUAUCAUGGAUGCCAACAAUGGGUCAAUUAUUUUUUGCAUGUCGGUCACUUAAAUAUUGAAGGUCAAAAGAUGAGCAAAUCAUUGAAAAAUUUUAUUAGUAUUCGUGUAAAAAAACAUACUGCACGACAACUGCGGCUCUGCUUCCUUCUUCACCAAUGGGAUUCGAAGCUGGACUUUAAAGAAAGUACUAUGGGGGAAGCUAAGGGAAUUGAAACUAUUUUAAAUAAUUUCUUUGUAAAUACAAAAGCACUAUUGAAUGAAUUUAAACAGGCUGCACACGAAUCCGAUGGUACACAUCGGUAUAAUGCUUCAGAAAAAGAGUUAAUGAAUCUCCUUCGCGAAAAACAAUCAGCCGUUCACAAGGCACUUUGCGACUCCUUAAAUACACCAACUGUAAUGAGUGAAAUAAUGGAACUCAUUAACAAAACUAACAUUUAUGUAUCUGCUGGAAGAAAUAAUAUCAAUAUGGUCGUACUUGAAAAUAUAGCGAAAUAUGUAACAAAUAUGUUAAAAAUCUUUGGUGUUAUUGGAAACACUUCAUCUGAAGAUAUUGGUUUCGGUGAAUCAGAACAAAGUAUUAUAAACCGAGAAGAAGUUGUGCUUCCAUAUCUUCGUGUUCUGUCAAGUUUUCGUGAUAGUGUCCGAGAACUUGCACGUCAACAGAAAGGCCAUGGAGAAUUUUUGGCUCUGAGCGAUAAGCUAAGAGAUACUGAUUUGGUAAAUCUUGGAGUAUCAUUGGAUGAUCAAGAAGAUGGAAAGGCUUUAGUAAAAUUCGUGGACAAAGAUGUACUUAUCAAGGCAAGAGAGGCAAAAUUACAACUUCAAGCAGAAAAGGCUGCCAAGAAAGAAGCUGCCGCAAAAGCUAAGGAGGAAGAAAGAAAAAGAAAAUUAGAAAAGGGAAAACUCGCAGCAGAGGAUAUGUUUAAAGAGGAAAAAGAUGAAGAUGGAAAAAAUCUUUAUUCUGCGUUUGAUGAACAAGGAAUUCCAACACAUGAUAACAACGGAGAAGAAAUAUCGAAAAGCAAAAUCAAAAAACUAAAGCAAAAAUGGGAAAUUCAAAAAAAGUUAAAUGAUGAAUAUUUGGCUUAUACUACUUCUGACAACUAA